AUGACGACUAAUGGAGAAGCAUUAGAUCAAGUUAAAGUUGCUGAAAAAAUAUUGUGGUCCUUGAGUAUAAAAUUUCACACUAAGAAGACGGUUCUUGAGGCAAUCAAAGAUCUUAGAACUUUGACACUUGAUGAUUUAGAAGGUGAACUGGUGACAUAUGAGAUGUCCUUAAAUCAACAAACAACUCAAACAGUUGAUGAGGCAUUGCAAGAAAAGGUGAAUCAACCUAAAGAAAAAGAAGAAAAAUCAAAUCUAGUUGAAACAAAUCAAAGAGGUCACAAUUUCAGAGGUAAAGGACGAGGUGGUAGAGGUGAUUAUCGAGGCCAUGGUAGAGGUAAUUUUUCCUAUCAACAGAGAAAUGAUAAUAAUUUCAGGAAGGAACAACAGAGUAAUCAAAAAUUUCAAAGACGUGAUAAAUCAAAGGUUCAAUGUUAUAAUUGUGGAAAAUAUGGACAUUAUCAAUGUGAUUGUUGGUACAAUGAAUCUGAAAAUAGGGAAGAACAGGCAAAGAUGGUUGAAAAUUAUAGAGAUAAACAAGAGACAUUAUUAUUUUCUAGCUCCGCAACUGAAGAAAAUAAAGGGAAUGAAUGGUUUAUUGAUUCUGGUUGUAGCAAUCAUAUGUAUGGAAAUAAGGAAUUAUUUGUUGAUCUAGAUGAAUCAUUUAAAGCUAUGGUAAGACUUGGCAAUAAUGCAAGGGUGCCUGCUGUUUGA